GAGGGUGGGGCGCACAGAGGUCGCGCCUUUGGUAGGAGGAGGGCGCGCUGUUCCGAUCCUUGGCUUCGGCCUCGCCGUGUGCCAGUGUCCAGAGCCGGCCUCCAGCUCACCCCGCCUCCGGGGCCAGGCCUGCCCGCCGCCCCUAUGCAGUACGUGCCGCCGCAGAGUGCGAAAGCCCACCCCACUCAACUCAUACCCCCUCAGUUCGGCUACGUGAUCCUGGUGUUCAUUUACAGCUGGGUCAUGCUGGCUUACCUGGGAGCCAAAGUGGGCUUCGCCAGGAAGAAAUACAACGUCAAGUAUCCAAACAUGUAUAGUGAUAAAGAACCCAUAUUCAACUGCAUCCAACAUGCACAUCAAAACACAUUGGAGAUAUAUCCUCAAUGGCUGAUCUUCCAACUGAUAGCUGGAGUUGUCUAUCCGAUCACUGCUUCUGUGCUUGGUGUCAUUUGGGUAACCAGUCGAUUUACUUAUGCAUGGGGAUAUUACACAGGGGUGCCAGAGAGAAGAAUGACUGGGUCCUACGGAUACAUUGGCCUUCUGGGAGUCAUUUUCCUGUCCAUAUUCAUUGCUUUUAAAACCCUUGUUUCACAGUGAUAAAACUACCACAACAAUAGGUUGUGAAAGGUUUAAAAAAAAGUUGUCAGGCAUUCAACAUAUCCAGCCAUUUUGAAAUGGACACCAGCUCCGAACUUCUUCCUGCUCCUUGUUUAUCAACUGGUUUAAAUAUUGCCAACAUGCGGUAGAGUUUUCUUCCAGCUAUGUUAUGCACUACAGUUUUGUUAUAUUUAAUCAAAUGGUAUACUGGGAAACAAGAUUAAAUUCCAAAUUUCUUUUUUUUUUUAAUCUUUAGGCUAAAUUUUAAUUUUUACUUUUUAGCUAAAUUCUGUGAUUCUUGUUGAAGUAAUAUUGAACUGAGUUUAAUAUUUUUCAUCUUUCAAGAUGGUCACUAAAGUUAUUUCAAAAUUUUAAUCUAACAGCCUCAGUUUAUAUUAUGGGUUGAAUUUAAAUCUGACAAAAGAUUACAAGUAGAAAAUAUAAAUGUACAGAACUGGUGAAAGAAUGUUAAGUUAUAAUUCAGCUGAUAGGAACAUAUCAACCAUUGAAAGAGAAAGCUAGGGAAAGGCAAGGCUGUGAUUCAUCAAUGAAUGCCCUGACAGUGACAACUGAAACAAGUAUACACUUUUCAUAUGUUCACUGACUUGUAUAUUACGUGUUUGACAGAUUUUCAAAACCAUUAAAUGUUAUCCAUUUUAAACUUCAUUCAAAUCAAAUAAUGGAAUGGCUUUUAGUAUAAUUUUGUCUUAAACUUCAUGCAUCUUGUUGUAACCAUUCAUCAGGAUCCAACUAGUCAAUUAUUUCCUCAAAAGUGCAUUUUUAAUGUACAAUUCUUGAUGUGGUUGUUCCCGAUUUAAUUUCUAAAUAAAUAUCAACUUUAAAACUAACGUUAGUUAUUUUUGUGGUACAAAAACUCUAUAAAUUAAAAAGCUGUGUAAUGUAUAAAUGGACAGCAACAAACCAUCCAAUACUUUGCAGAAAAAUGCUGAAGUAACAGGAUACAACCUUCAUAGAUUGCAACAAAAAAUUCUUCACACUACAAUAACCAACACCCGGUCCAGGAGUUAAAAAGAAACAUAAUGGCUAUCAGUGACAAUGGUUUUAAAUGCGUACUCCAUUUUUAAGUCAUUUUAAAGUUUUUCUUCACUGAAGUUUCAUCACUGAACUGUUCCCACAACCAAGAUUCAUUUUCAAGGACCUUUAAUCUCAUGUUCUCAAUACUUAUUUUCUUUUUGCAUUAACAGUUUCUUGUCUUUCACACACCGGUUGUCCGCCCUGGUGAUGCGACCUUUCA